GGCUGCCGGGGUUUUCGGAAGCGCGGAGACGAGGCCGGUCGAGGAACAGUGGAGACACGGGAGCCAGCUUUGGGCAGACUGACAGCGAGCGAAACAGGACAUUUGCGAGUGAAAAAACCUUGCAAAAGACAACUAUUUCUCCAACACCGCGUGAAUGGUCUGAUGAGUAUUCCAGCAGCAGCGUCGGUCCAGUCGGGAGGUGGUGCAGGAGAGAUGCAGUCGCCGGGGGCGAUAAGCCCAUCCUUCCUCCCGCCCCCUGGCACCAAGGUUCCGGGCCGCAAGAGGGGCCGCCCACCAAUCAGGCGGCUGGAGCUGCAGAGCCGCUACCCAGAGCCCCUCCCACCCAUUAAAGUCCCCAAGAAGCGAGGGAGGAAACCAGGCUUCAAGCUCAAGUCUCGUAUGGUGAUGACGCCCAUCUCUCCCCCCAGUAGCACACCGGAGCCCGACAUGAGCUCGAUACCACAGGACGCCGCUACCAUACCACACUCAGCCACGCCACAGAUACUCACAGUCUGCAUCUAUGUGAACAAGCACGUGAACACGGGCCCCAACCUGGACCGCCAGCGUGUGCUGCAGCUGCCUGACCACCUGGGCCCGGCGCGGCCCUCCGUGGUGCUGCAGCAGGCCGUGCAGGGCUGCAUAGACAGCGCCUACCAGCAGAAGACCGUCUUCACCCUGCUCACACAGGGCUACGGAGGGGAGAAGAUCUCAGCCACGUUUGACGGUAAGCAGCACCUGUUGAGUUUGCCGGUGGUGAACAGCGUGGGCUACGUGCUGCGUUUCCUCAAGAAGCUGUGCCGCAGCCUCCUCUGCGACAACCUCUUCAGUGACCAGCCCAUCGCGCCCUCCUCCUCCUCCUCCUCCGCCUCCUCCUCUUCCUCCUGCUCCUCCUCCCUCUCCUUCCACGCGGACAAGAUGGCCGACGGGGGCCAGGCCAAGACCACGGACUCUCCUAUGUGUGAGGAUUACCAUGGCGAUGGUGUGGACUCCAGCAAGAGGUACUCGGUGGACCCCAGUGACUCCGCCUUCGGGGCCAUGACAUCACCGUACCCUCCGCCCAAGCCUACCUACACCUUUCGCUCUGGGCCAGCCUACCCGGGCGCAGUGUGUCGACAGGCGUCCAGCCCCAACGCGUUCCAGGAAGGAAAAAUAAGUGCCUACAGCCCAGGACCCGAGGCCUCUGAGGCGCGGCCGCCCCCGACCAAGGACCCCUCCAGCUGGUCGGUGGAGGAGGUGGUGUGGUUCAUCAAGGACGCAGACCCACAGGCCCUGGGGCCACACGCGGAGGUCUUCAGGAAGCACGAGAUCGAUGGCGAUGCUCUGCUGCUACUGAAGAGCGAUAUGAUAAUGAAGUACCUGGGCCUGAAGCUGGGCCCCGCCCUCAAGCUCUGUUACCAUAUCGACAAGCUCAAGCAGAGCAAAUUCUGACCCUUUACACAACACACACACACACACACACACACACACACACACACACACACACACACACACACACACACACACACACACACACACACACACACGCACACACACACAGCCUGAACUGAAAUGGACCUUUGGAAUUUUGCAUAUCCAGUUGUUGAAAAAAGUUUUUUUUCCAUUUGUUUUACUUUCUUAUAUAUUUUUUGUCAUACUUAAAUGGUGGUCACUUGAAUAAUGUGAGUGUUUUGUGUCUGUGAAGACCUCUUUAUAUUUGUAAUCUUUGUUGUGUUUUACAGCUACUGUCCUACACCCAACUCCAUCUUUCUUUCUUAAGGUGGCGUGUGGGAGUGUGUGAGAUUCGCUCACUUAUGCCACACAACACCCGACUGUCUCUCAUUGAACAGGCAGCUUUAUUUGUGUAGCAAGAGGUGUCUGUGCGCGUGCGCGUGUGUGUGUGUGUGUGUGUGUGUGUGUGUGUGUGUGUGUGUGUGUGUGUGUGUGUGUGUGUGUGUGUGUGUGUGUGUGUGCGGGGGCGUGUGUGUGUGCGGGGGGGACUGAAAGCAAUGCCAUGACUUUGCUCGUAAGCACCUUUCUCUUUGCUUUAACUUUCCUGUCAUGCUCUACUGCCACCCAGUGGCUGGCUUUAGGUACUACAACACCACCCCUACCCUAUGACUGGUGUACACACACACAAACCCACACACACACACACUUAAUAUACUGGUGUAACCAGACAGGUGUACACACACACACACACACCGCACUAACUAUACUGUAUAGUUGUACACUACAAUGUGUAGGUAGUGGCCAGUAAGCAUAGCAUUAAUCAACAAUGUGUUUCUUACACAUCUCAUGCGUUUGCAAAAUGAAGUUUUACUCCUGCAGGCCUGAUGUUGCCGGGGGCCGGGCUGGCAGGUGUAUGUUAGUACUGUCCAUGUGAAUAAUUGGGAAUGUGCGGUAGUAAAGGAAAGAAGCAAAUGCUGCUGAUUUAGUUUCAAAUCAUGUCCAAUUCAUUUUCUUUUACUGACUAUAAGCAUUGAAAAUAGAGGACUGAAAGCUGGCAAUUGACAACAGGAGUUCAAACAACAUUGUUGAGAGCUGGGUUCGGUUUACAUGUAUGUGGACAUUUUUGUAAAUGCAUCCAUUUGGUUGCCUGGCCCUGAUUAGCAUCGACUUUCAAAUCUCGUAUGCUGAAGUUGUUGCGUCACUAGGAGGGCUUGGCCUGGCUUUCCAUUUGGGCCUUUUGUUUUUAAAUAAAUUACGUUUAAGCUUCCUAUAAGGGAUAUUUAUUUAUAAGUGGAGAUUUCAAAAAUACAUCAGUUACAACGGUGCUUCAUGUAAUCCACGUGUUUGUAUGUAAACAGAUUUUUUUUGUUAAUGAUUGUCUGCAUAUGUGUAACCAAGGCCUUGCUCUCUCAAAUAGGUACCCAAUUUAGUUUUAGUUGGCCUGCCCUCAACUCACCUGUUACUGUUUAUAACAUCAAUGCUUCCACAGAAAGACAAUGUUGAAGAAAAUAUAAUCCAAUCUAUUAGAAACAGACAUUCAGACACAGACACACCCACACCCACACAUACAUUGUAAAUACUGCACUAUUUUAUGAGCAUAGUGGUGAGAUGGUAUAGUUUACAUUUCUGCUUUGGCUAUGUCUGAAGUUGUCAAGUUCCUCAUCCACCGCUAGAGUUCCCAUUACGUUGAAUUAAGUAGGUCAGCCUCCUCACAUCAUCUACUACUGUCAUUUGUAACAGCA